UUUCCAUGGAAAUUUUAUAAUAUUAUCAAAUUUUUAAAUUGUUUUGUUUCCAUAAUACUGUAGACCAAUACGAAAUGAAGAAAAUCGUUAUUUUUGGGUCCACCGGCAUGACCGGCCUGUGUGCUCUGGAUGCAGCAGUCAAAAAAGGUCUCACAGUCCGAGUGCUGGUUCGAGACCCCGCCAGGUUACCAGACCAUCUGAGAGAUAAAGUGGAGAUCAUACAGGGUAAUGUGGUGACCGACCCAAAAUCCGUGGAGGAUGCAGUUGACGGCGUCGAUGGUGUGGUUGUUAUCCUCGGCACGAGGAAUAGUCUAGAAGCAACCACCGACAUGUCAGUUGGCAUGAAGCACAUUCUAGAAGCAAUGGUGGCUAAGAAUGUGAAACUUGUAUCGGUUUGUUUAUCAGCAUUCCUGUUUUAUGCGCCAGAGCAGGUACCAAAGCGGUUUGUGGAUUUAAAUGAAGAACACAAGAGGAUGUUGGGAUUGUUAAAAGCAAGUACAGUGGAUUGGAUAGCAGUGCUUCCUCCACACAUUGCUGAUGAACCCAGCCGUGAGCUGAUAAUCGAGGUCAACCCCAAGCAGUCCCCGGCGAGGGUGGUAUCUAAAUGGGAUCUGGGUCAAUUCUUUGUCGACGCACUCAGUGAACCGAAAUAUUACAAGUCUGUCAUCGGAAUAGCUAAUGUACCCAAACAAUAAAUAUAAGAUAUCGCGCCUACACUCA